AGUCAGCGCUGCAUUUGAACUUUCAAGACAAGGGGUCUGAUACUUUCUGGAGAAACUUCGGCUAGUCUGGGAACGUCAGCUGGGCUGCCAGACACCUAAACAUUUUACAGCACUGAGGUGAACAGUAAAAAGUUAGGGGAUGCCAUGUGCUGAACAAAUUGGAUGUAUUUGAUGUUCAUGACUUAAAACUUGAAUACCAUCUCAAUUUACUCAAUUUACACAGUUCCACACCCAUGGAUUUUAUGAGUUCUCUUAUCGAGCACCAAUUGAAUAUCACAGCUUUUGAUAAGAAAUGCGCAGGUAAAGCGUGCCGGGAGCUUUGAAGCCUUAUUCGACCAAUUUGAAAUUCAGCCCUUCAUUCAUAUUAUCCAUCCCGUACCAUCAUAAUACCAUGGCUAUCCUAGCUCUCAUCGUCAUCAACAAGGCCGGAGGUCUCAUCUAUAACCGGACCUUUGGCGAUGGCCUAAACCAGCUCAAUACAAAUGACUACCUGGUCCUUGCCGGUACCUUCCACGGUGUCCACGCCAUCACAGCCCGGGUCAACCCCCUCAAGUCCCUGAUGUACUCGCAGCACCAGCAGACCAUCCCCACCGCGGGAGGCGUGCCCGUACCAAGCCGGCCGGACCCCCCCUCGGGCCUGGAGGUGCUCGAGUCGGAGAACUUCCGGCUGCAGUGCUUCAACACGUUGACGGGCACCAAGUUUCUCCUCUUCACCGACAACUUGCAGCCGAAUGUGGAUUUGACCAUGCACAAGGUCUACGAUCUGUACUCCGACUUCGUCAUGAAGAACCCGUUCUACCAGCUCGAGAUGCCCAUCCGCUGCGAGGCGUUCGAGAGGAAACUGAAUUCGUACAUUAGGGAGAUUAAUAAUUCUCGGUAGUGACUACAGCGUUCUAUCACGGGCUUAUGGGGAAAGAGGGAAGAGGAAAGAUGGAUCUUGGCAGUUCGAGGGAAAGAAAUCCCGAGUUAGUUUAUUGCAUUGUGGCACGGCGUUUGGAGUUUAGAGGCCUGGUAUCAAUACGAUUGU